ACCUGCAAGACGUUGGACAGUCGUGUCAGACUUCUUUUGUAAAAAGUUAAACAAGAAACGUUUUACAAUGGGUCUACCGCCGGACGAUGUUCCGGUCAAAAAUACUGAUAACACGAAAGACAUCUCCCGCUUCAGUAAUGUUUCAAGGGUGGCUCGUAGACGUGAAGUACGACUGCGGAGUGUGUUUUAUAACCUAGAAGCUGUCAAAAACACUCGGCGAGCCACCAAUGGGAGAGCUGGCACUACAUCGAUCCGACUCGCAGUCCCCGCCAACCCAACGAAUUUUAUCGCCCUCUUCUUUGAGAAAACGACUGAUUCCCGUCGUCUGGAUUACACGGGUCUGAAGUUCGCGUAUGGUGACGGUUCUGAUGAUGAAGGAUCCUCGCUGACUACGGAACUGCCGUCGUGUGUUUAUGCUGCAGCCAGGAGCCGCCUACAGCUACCUUUAGCUGCUUACGUCCAUCAGCACUCGAGGCAGCUGCACUCAGAUGUGUUAUUGGACACGUCAACGGAGCCGGAGUACCAGUGCGGGGGCUCACCUUACCGGGUGCAGCGCGCUGCCGCUAACGUCCGCGAGCGCCGACGGAUGCUGAGGUCCGGACCCAAUGGCAGUAUAAACUCGGCGUUCGAUGAACUGCGAGUACACGUGCCGACGUUCCCGUAUGAGAAGCGACUCAGCAAGAUUGACACGCUUCGACUGGCGAUCGCAUACAUUGCGUUGCUCAGAGAGGUGUUGGAAGCUGAUUAUGACCCGCUGACAUAUGUCGAAAAGUGUCUCCGUGGUGAGAUAAAAGCUGACAGAGCACAUUGGAAUACAAGUGAUCUAACUGCGAGACUAUCGUGGAUCAACUGGGAGAAUCUCGGCGUGAAUCCUCAGCGACGCAGCGUACUCACAUCACUUGCUCUCAGUUCAGAUAAUCUACAGUAUGGACAUAACUAAAUCAAUCUUUUGUGCAGAGUCGCAUUAGAAUAAACGGUUUAAUACUUCAUCUAAAAAUAUAAAUAAGGUAGAGUUAUGUGGCAUUGCGAUGUCCUAGUAUAAAUUGAUCUCCCGCUAGAUUGCCGUCCCCGGUACUGAAAACUCUCAAAUGUUUGUUCAGCAUUAAUAAGAUAAGCUAAUGCCACUGGCUACCAGUUAUUAGGAAUCCCCAUUUCUAGAGGACCGUAAGCAGAGAAUAAUACUGUCAGGGUGCGUAUUAUAAGUAUUAUAAGCAAAAUGCUUUGUUUGUGAGGAAUGCACAAAUCUGAAAGUUCUCUGUAAAGUUUCAUAUAAGUACUUAAAGAACAUUUUCUUAUCUAUCUGCACUAUCUGCAGCAUUUGCACAUGAAAUGCAUUUAGUUAGCACAUUUUCUCUCUAUAACUCAAGCAUUUUCACAAAAGCAAAAGGCUAGUUGAGUAACUUGAGUAGUCGCUACGAUUCAUGAGGAAGGUACGCAGACACCAUCCGCCUUCAAGUCCUUAUCUUCAAAGUAGAAAUAAACUUACCUCUAAACUCUCUAUCUAUAAAAUCUAUAUGAAGUUGUUUUUAGGUAAUCUAUCAUUAUUUUUUAGCAUGGGUAGAUACUAAUAGGUAAUUUUAGUCUUUUUUUAAGGGGGAAAAUUAUCGAAUGGCUGCUCCCGGCUGGGAACGAUUGUUGAUUUAACUUUAGAAACUUCUACCUUCAAUGCCUGGUUUUAGUUAAUAUCUAUGUUUAUGUAGAAUUAUGUAUAUGGAUGGACGAGAAUAGUGCCUUUUCACACGGUCCGGUUACCGCUUACGGCGUAUCAAGGAGGGCUAUAGCCAUGUGUAUCCAACGUAGUAACGCAUACGUAGUCAAAGUCAAAUUCAAAGUCAAAAUCAUUUGUUACAAUUAGACCAGAAAGGCACCUUUGAACGUCAAC